AUGACUUACGAGCCGCAACCUCUUAAUAUUAGCGGACGAUUGGGGUUCGAACGCUUUGAAUGCUUAUGGCAGUCAGUUGAAGACAUCAAAGUAUGGCUGGACAGCUUCAAUGCCAUCCACCACUCUACACUCAUCGGCCAACCUUUUCACUUUUGGUCCCAGAUGAUCAUGAGUCUCACGCUGCUGAAAUAUCUUUCUACCCUCCAAGACCCCGAAUGGGAUUGCCAAGCGGUGCGGAACGCGGUCCCGCUCAUCUCGACAAUUGACUCUAUGCUACAGAAGCUGGAUCAGGGCAGCCAGCAGCCAGAGCUUCAGUGCAACGACCAUUUACUCCACUAUUUAUCAAAGCUGUUAUUACGAUGUAGGUUGUGGGCGGAAGCACGGUGGGAUAUGGCUUGUCCAAUGCAGGAAGUGAAUGUUUUUCUGGCUUUCCAGCUGUUCAUCAAGGCCACCUACAGCACGACCAUGGCUUCCAUCAGAUCCAUUACGGGUUCCUUCAAAUGCUCAGACCGGAGAACACUCUGUACCAUUCCAGCCCGGUCGACAAUACAAGUUAUGGGCAUGGCAGAUGGAGGCUGGGAGACACAGCUACGACUAUAUCCUCUCCGAUAA